UAUCUACCCAUAACUACCAUAUUGGCCACAACUGACACCAAAUAAAACUUUUGGAUGACUCCAACUUUAGUCCCCUCACAAACAUUUCAAAGAGUUUAUGCAACUUUUGGAUGACUCCAAAUCUAAUCCCACCACAAGCUAGCAUUUCAAAAAUGUGGAGUUCCGUUCAAUUGCUAGAGCAGCGUUAUGGAGUCUCAUCCCUGUUGCUUCCUUUAUCCUUUACAAUAUUAACCUUUUCUUUCAUAAUUUUCUUUAAAAGGUCUCCUCUUAGCAACAACAAGAAAACAAUGCCACCUUCUCCAUCUCGGUUUCCAAUAAUAGGAAACCUCCACCAAAUCGGCUUAUACCCUCAUCGGUCUCUUCAAUCCUUAGCUCAAAUCCAUGGCCCAAUCAUGUUGCUUCACUUUGGGAGCACUCCAGUGCUUGUUAUCUCGUCAUCUGAAAUGGCUAAAGAGAUAAUGAAAACCCACGACAUAAUUUUCGCAAACAGGCCCAAAUCAAGAAUCGGUGGCAAACUUCUGUAUCAAGGGAAAGAUAUAGCAAAUUCUCCUUAUGGGGAAUAUUGGAGGCAAAUGAAAAGCGUAUGCGUUCUCCAUCUACUAAGCAACAAAAGAGUACAGUCUUUCAGAAAUGUUAGAGAAGAAGAAACGACUUGCAUGAUCAAAAGAGUUGAGAAGUGUUGCUCUGAUUGUUUACCAGUCAAUUUAAGUGAAGUUUUUGCGAGUCUUACUAAUGAUGUAGUUUGCAGAGUAGCGUUGGGGAGGAAAUAUAGUAAAGAAAGAAAAUUUAAGGAGUUAUUAGAGGAAUUUGCGAUGUAUUUGGGUUUUGUUGAUAUUGGGGAUUACAUUCCAUGGCUAAGUUGGAUAAACCUUGUAAAUGGAUUGUACAGUAAGGUGGAGAAAGUGGCUAAAGAGUUGGAUAGCUUUUUAGAUGGAGUAGUUGAAGAGCAUAGAGAUGCAAAAGAUGGUGAAGAUGCUAACAACAAAGACUUUGUGGACGUUUUGCUUUGGAUUCAGAAAGAAAAUAUGGCCGGAUUUUGUAUGGAUACAACUAGCGUCAAGGCUCUCAUUUUGGAUGUAUUUGCGGCAGGUACAGACACAACAUACACAGUCCUAGAAUGGGCAAUGACAGAGCUUUUAAGACAUCCUGAGAAAAUGAAGAAAGUCCAAAAUGAGUUGCGAUCAGAAAUGGCAAACAAAGAAUCAAAAGUAAUAACAGAGGAUGAUAUAAGCAAAUUUGAUUACUUGAAAGCAAUAAUAAAGGAAACACUCCGCUUGCAUCCUCCAAUUCCAUUACUGGUUCCUCGAAUGUCAACCCAAGAUGUUAGAAUAAAAGGCUUCGACCUUGCUGCUGGAACCCAAGUAAUUAUCAAUUCUUGGGCAAUAGGAAGGGAUCCUGCAUUAUGGGAUCGUCCGGAAGAAUUCUGGCCAGAGAGGUUUUUGAAAAAUCGUAUAGAUUUCAGAGGACAAGAUUUUGAAUUGAUACCAUUUGGAGCCGGCAGGAGAAUUUGUCCAGGCAUUCAGUUUGCUAUGAGCACGGAUGAGCUUGCACUGGCAAAUCUACUGUAUAAGUUUGACUGGGCAUUACAUGGUCUUGAAAGAGGAGAGGACUUGGACGUUGCUGAGUGCACCGGCCUCACCAUUCACCGUAAAUUUCCUCUUUUGGCUGUUGCAACUCCAUAUUCUUAAUCCUAAGUGUUUCUUAAUUCUAGUUGUGUGGGUUUAAUGUAUAUAAAUUAUUUACUAUAACUUAGAGCUAUAUUGUUUUUGUAUUUAGGGUUAGUUUAAAAAUAUAUAAUACUAGUUUAGAUGAAAUAAAUAAUAUGUGUUAACGAUUAUAAACAAAUCAGAUAAUAAAAGAAAGUACAUGAUAUUGUAAGGUGAAA